AUCUCCAGCAUCUGCAGUUCCCAUUAUCUCUGGUCCUCCAACAAUCUCAGCAAGUGAGGGGUGCAGCUGGAGGACCAGGGAAGACGGUCUGGUCCUCCAACAAUCUCAGCAAGUGAGGGGUGCAGCUGGAGGACCAGGGAAGACGGUCUGGUCCACCAACAAUCUCAGCAAGUGAGGGGUGGAGCUGGAGGACCAGGGAAGACGGUCUGGUCCUCCAACAAUCUCAGCGAGUGAGGGGUGGAGCUGGCGUUCCGUGGUCUUCGAGCAAUCCGAGUGAGGGGCGGAGACAGAUGAUCCGGGGAGAGGAAAAGAAGUCCUGCGACAAAACGAGUGAGGGAGGGGCGGAACUGGAGGACCGAUUGGGAGAGAUCGGGUCCUCCAACAAUCCGAGUUAUGGAGUUUCUAAUUUGCGGGACAGCAAUGACUAGCGGUUCGAAGAGACCGGCUGUCUCUGGGACUUUCAAAGGGGUUUUGAAGGACUGGACAGCUAAUUCGAAUCAUAUAUCUUACCAUGGUUCAGCAGUCACUGGAUUUAGACUUCCAUAUUACCAUUCUCUGAAUGUCUGCAUCUGAUCUGACAGUGAAAAAUGCUUCAGACAUCUGUGACUGGAUGUGUUCUCAUGAACUGACUGUGGAAGGAGCUGUAACCAGUUAAACAGCCUGAGAAAACAUUGCAACAUUGACACCGGGGAGGAACUGUAUUCUGAGUGCGUGUGCAUAUUUGGACGAGUGUUCUCCUGAUUAUCCACCAUGGAGAGAGACAAAGAUGUCCAUGCCCUGGAGAAACCUUGGAAAUGUGGGGACUGUGGUAAGGGAUUCAAUUUCCCAUCUCGGCUGGCAAUUCACCAACGCAGUCACACUGGAGAGAAACCAUGGAAAUGUGGGGACUGUGGGAAGGGAUUCAAUUUCCCCUGCAUGCUAGAAAUUCAUCGGCGUAGUCACACUGGAGAAAAACCCUGGAAAUGUGUGGACUGUGGGAAAGGAUUCAAUUACCAAUUCCUACUGGAAGCCCAUCGGCGCAGUCACACUGGGGAGAGGCCCUUUACCUGCUCUAAAUGUGGGAAAGGAUUCACUGAUUCACCCCAGCUGCUGACUCACCAGCGAGUUCACACUGAAGAGAGGCCAUUCAGCUGUUCUUACUGCGGAAAGAGGUUCAGGCAUUCACGCACCCUCACUGACCACCAGCGAGGUCACACUGGGGAACUACCAUUCAGCUGCACUUACUGUGGAAAGGGAUUCAGGCACUUACGUGCCCUCACUGGACACCAACGAGUUCACACUGGAGACAGGCCAUUUAUUUGCUCCAUCUGCGGGAAGGGGUUCACUCAGUUAUCACACCUGCUGACACACCAGCGGGUUCACACUGAGGAGAGGCCGUUUCGUUGCACUCACUGUGGAAAGGGAUUCAGGCACUCGGGCACCCUCAAAGGACAUCAGCGUGUUCAUACUGGUGAGAGACCAUUUAUCUGCACUGUUUGUGGGAAGGGAUUUGCUCAUUCUUCAGGCCUGCGGAGACAUCAGCGUGUUCAUACUGGAGAGAGACCAUUCCUCUGCUCAGUGUGUGGAGGGAGAUUCACUGAUUCAUCCACCCUGGUGAAACACCGACGAAUUCAUGCUGGGAAAGAACGUUCACCUGCUUCCUGUGUGGAAGGUGAUCCAUUGCUUCAUCCGUCUCCUGAUACAUCACCAAAUUCUCACUAAGGAAAGACCAUUCCACUGCACUCACAGGCAGAAGGAGUCAGGCAUGCAUCCAUGUACAUCGUACACCCCCAAGCUUACACUGGAGAGAGGCCAUUCACUUGCUCAGUUGGGAAAGGAUUCACUAAUUCAUUCCAACUGCUGAGAUGUCAGCAGUUCAUGAGUGACUGCAAGGAUAUGUUUCUGUUACUAACUCACUUAGUUAAACACACUCUGAUGUAGGGUGUUCUACUUAUGUUAAUAUAAUUGUUCUAGGGUUUGGAUUUUGAACUAGUGGCAUGUGAGGGUUUGUGUGAAGCCAGGACGUCUGAACCAGAAUGUGAGGGGGGUGGUGGGAGGAGUUCCUGGAGUGAUAAUGGGAGUUUAGUUUGCUUUGUGAGAGGUUUACAGAGCAGCAUUUGAAAGGCAUUAGUUUCUCUUUAUUUUAGAAGAACCAUGAAUUGAUUUUUCUUUUGCUUAUUUGCAUAUGGUUUCAAUUCACAGAAGACCUGGUUGAAGUUAGAUGUAAGAUGAGUUUCUCCUGGAGAAAGGAGUUAGAAGAUAGACUAACUGUUCUGAACUAUCUCAAUAUAUUGGUUUUAAUCUGAAAGUUUCAGACCAGAAGUGAUUGGUUAGACCCCGAAGGAGUAUUUGAAGCUCAGUUAUGUGAAUAAUCAAGAAAAAGACCACCAAACUCUCAAAACCAGGAAUUAAAAGAAACAGUUAAGUUCAACAUAUAAUGUGAUAGAGAAGGGAGCUCUCUUGUAUCUACGUACUGUAAAGUGAUGGUGUAGGAAAGAUGGAAUAUUAUUUUACUGUGUUUUGAAAUCAUUCAAAUUGCAUUAUAUGUAAAUAGCUUGGUUUGUUCUGUUGAAUUUUCAUUUAUUUUGCAUAAUAAGCUUGUGUUUUAAAUCUCUUUCAUUGUGUGCUCAUAUAUCAGUGAAAUACCAUGUUGUUAAAUAAAGAAUAAAAUCCAUCAAGCCAGGUUUGAUCCUGGGAUCUGAUUUGUCCCAUAAUACCAUCAGGUGGGAUCAUAACUGAUGUCAAUAAGGGCAGUCCCUUUGCAAAAUUCUGAGAUCUGUAAGAUCUAAUAAUGUUUUAAACGCUGAAGAAAUGUAUUGAAUAUCAGAGGCAAUAACUCCCUCACAGUACAGUCUUGGCCUGUUGUUAUGUCUGACAAGGACAUGUCUCUUGUAUAAAUCCUGAAACUUGAAUGCUGACUCAUAUGUAGACCGGCUGUCUCGAGCAGAAGUUCAAUAGAAUGUCCCAGCAAACCAGAAAAUGACUUCAUGGACCUCUAAUGGAAAUAUGUGGGAUUACCUUGAAUAUCUGUCCCUUUUGGCUGGUUAUUCUUUGCUUCCUGGUAGCCAUUCAAACUGCUAUCCGUGCCAAUGUUUUAACCUUAACCUUAGCUUUUAUUUAUAACCUUUGAUGUACCACCUUAUCAAAUGACUUUUGGAAGUCUAAAUACAAUUUAACGGCUGGUACCCUUUUAUC